UGGCAAAAUAUGAGACAAUCCAGAUAGUGACUUUGUGGAUGACCAGAGGGUCCAACACUUAUUUCUGAGCGAAGUUUGCUCCUCUCCAUCAUCCCAAUACGAGACAUGAGACACAUUCCUCUCCUGCACGUUGCCCCUCACAAUCUUUCUUUCUGUUUCACACUUUUUUCCCCCUUCCCAUUGCUCAGGCUUCCAUGUUUUCUUUCUCUCCCGGUUUAGAGAGAGAAGCUUGCAUGCCUAUCAUUUGUCUGUCUAUAGAGAGAGACUUUUGAAAGAUCAGUUAAGGAAAGGAUGUUACAAAGAGCAGCAAGCAAUGCAUAUUCAUGGUGGUGGGCAAGCCACAUUAGAACUAAGCAAUCUAAAUGGCUUGAACAACAUCUUCAAGAUAUGGAAGAGAAAGUUCAAAACAUGCUUAAACUCAUUCAGGAGGAUGGAGACUCAUUUGCCAAGAGGGCAGAAAUGUAUUACAAGAGAAGGCCAGAGCUAAUAAACUUUGUGGAAGAGACUUACAAAUCUUACAGAGCCUUGGCUGAAAGGUAUGACAAAAUAUCGACGGAGCUGCAAAAUGCCAACAACACCCUUGCUUCUAUUUUUCCAGAACAGGUCCAGUUUGCAAUGGAUGAAGAUGAUGAAGAUUGCACACCUCGAUGCCGAAAGGAGUGUCGAGAACUCUCACAAUCCAACGCUCCGCAGGUUCCCAAGGCUCCCGGCAAAAAAGAUGUGAAGGGUCUGCUAACAUUAGCCACAAAGAAGUUGCAACAGAAGAAAAUAAAAGCGGCAGCUCCUGCCGUUCCAAAGUCUGGUCUGACCAAACCUGAGGCACUCAAAGAGAUUGACAGGCUUCAAAAAGGGAUUCUGGCCCUACAAACUGAGAAGGAGUUUGUAAAGAGCUCUUAUGAAAUCGGGCUUGCCAAGUACUGGGAAAUUGAGAAGCAGAUCACUGAAAUGCAAGAGAAAAAUAGCAGACUGCAAGACGAAUUCAAUGCCAGUUUGGCCAUCGAGGACGAAGACGCUCGUAAUCUGAUGGCCACCACUGCUUUGAGGUCAUGCCAAAUGACUUUGGAUAAUUUGCAGAAGACACAAGAGGAGACAGUUGAGGAAGUAAAAAUGGGGCGCCAAAGGAUCACUGAGGCUCGGGAGAAGUUGGAUUCUUUCAAAAACAAUCAAGAGAAACCUUGUGACAACCAUAAAUCCACGGGAGCAGAAGAAACAUUAGAAAGCUUAGAUGAAGAAGUGGGGAGUGCAACACAAGAGGAGGGACAGGAAUUGCAGUUGUUGAGGAAGAAGAUGAAGGAGCAGUUUGAAAUGGGGUUGAAUCCAUCUCUCACAAUGACGGAAAUGGCAGAAAAGAUUGAUGAGCUCGUGAAUAAGGUGAUCAGCUUACAAACUGUUGUCUCAUCUCAGACUGCUCUUGUAAAGAGAUUGAGAACAGAAACUGGUGAUCUUCAAACAAAAAUUGAAAGCAUGGAAGAUGAUAAGGAUACUCUCACCGGUAGUGUGAAAAAUUUGGGGCACAAUCUGAGAGAAUUGGAGAAAAAGCUGCAUGGAAUUCAGGAUCCAAACCAAAAUGUUGAAUCCCGGAAUAACAACCUCCAAACACAUUUCACUGAAGCACAUCGUAAUCUUGAUCAACUUUUUGAGACACUGCAAAGUGGGAAGGAAGUUGACGAGCUUGAGGUCAAAGGCUUGUCACAACACAAGGAGGCAUCCAUAGCUGAACUGGAAUCUCAAAAGGAGUUAAAGAAACAAGAAGACAUACCAAAUCAUGGUGAUCAUUCAGAAAAACUGCAUAACAUGAGGCAAGGUGUGGAGCUCGAGGCUAAGGUCUCACUACAGAAGGAACAGGGAUCUUUAGUUGAAGCUGAACCACAGGAGAAGUCUGGAGAACAAGAUAAACCGAUAUCCAGAAAUGCUUUUCAGAAAGAUGAGAAAGGUAAACCAGAAGAGACAGUUAGUCGAUCAGAGGCAAAAAGUGAUCCUGAUAAUCAUUCUGAGAAAUGUCAGGGUCUGAAACUGCAGGAUGAAGCUGAUAAGAAAGAUUCAUCCCUGAUAGUAAACAAUCCUCUCAUCAUCGAAGCACAAGAGCAGAAAACAGAACAAGAAGAUGAGCCAAACUGGAAGCAGCUGUUCUUGGAUGGGAUGAAGGAUAGAGAAAAAACUCUAUUGGCUGAGUAUACUGCAAUGUUUAAAAAUUACAAAGAAGUCAAGCAGAAGCUCAGUGAAGUAGAGAAGAAAACAACAGUGCAGGUAAAAGAAUUGGAGAGUGCCAAUGCCAAGAAGGAUGAAGACAUUCAAUCUUUACAUCAGGAAUCAAGCCUUCUGCGGGUAAAUCUGGAUGUAGAAAAGGACUUGAGAAAAUCUAAAGAUUCAGACCACCAACCAGCCUCUACUCUAUCAGGUGAUCAAAAUGUUGAACCCAAAGCAAGAACCGAAGAAGAAACUUCAGCUGUGGCUCCAAAACCAACUGAAAACAAAGAGGAUGAUGAAGAAGAUAUCAAGGUAAUUCUAAUUGAUCAAGCUCAACCCAUGUCAGUGACUGAAGAACGCUUCCGGACAAACAUCGAUACACUGCUAGAGGAGAACCUGAACUUCUGGUUAAGAUUCAGCACCUCAGUUCAUCAGAUACAGAAAUUUCAGACUGAAGUGGAGGAUUUACAGACUGAAAUAUCAAAACUUAAGGAAAAAGUAAAGAAGAAACAGGAUGGAAGUGCUUCUAUAGACCCCUCUGUGAAAUCAGAUGCCCGGCCAAUUUACAAACACCUAAGAGAGAUACAGACUGAACUAUCAGUCUGGCUGGAGCAAAAUGCAUUACUGAAAGAGGAAUUGCAACAAAGAUUUUCAUCUUUGUGCAACAUUCAAGAAGAUAUAUCAAGAACUUUGAAGGAAGGUCCUGGAGAUGAAGAAAUCAAGUUUACUAGUUAUCAAGCAGCAAAGUUGCAAGGUGAGGUCAUGAACAUGCAACAGGAGAACAACAAGGUUGCAGGUGAACUGCAAGCAGGUUUAGAUCAUGUAAGAGGACUCCAAACCGAAGUCGAGAAGACUUUGACAAAGUUGAAUGAAGAAUUUGGACUUGCUGGGUCAAAGAACAAUAAUCAUAUCCAGCUGACACACUCAACAAGCCGGGGGCGAGUUCCUUUACAGUCAUUUAUUUUUGGGGUUAAACCAAAGAAACAGAAGCCCUCAAUCUUCUCCUGCAUGAACCCUUCACUGCAUCGAAAAUACCAUCAUAUGAAAGCUGGACUUCCUAUGUAAAUUGUUCCUUUUUUGUUCACUUUUUGUUUCUGCAAGAGGAUUUCUUUUAUUUUGUUUCCUGUUGGAGGCAUAUGGGCGUGUAGCUAAAGGUACUUUUUUAUUUUUGCCUUCUGUUUUUGAAUUGGGCAAAAUGUAUGCUUUUAGUGAACUAUACAUGUAUCAAAUUUCUACCUACGAUGGCACAGGAGUAUUUUGGCUAUUCUUAUAUUAACUUGUAUUUUUUAUUUUAA